CUGUUUCUCCAUAAAUCCCCCGCGCUCCAUAGGUAGCAGAAGAAACCUACUCUUGCUUCUUCUCUUCAUCCAUCCCUGCUGUGUGCGCGCGCGCGCCUUUGUUAGAGAGAGAGAGAGAGAGAGAUGUCGGAAGAGUCGAGCACCACGACGACUGCCGAGGAAAGGACGCUCGAGUCGACGCCUAUGUGGGCCGUGGCGACGGUUUGCUUCGUCUUGAUAUUCGUCUCCGUCUUCCUCGAGCAUCUGAUCCAUCUUCUAGCUCAGUACUUGCAAAGCAAGAGGAAAAGGUCUCUGAUUCAGGCCCUUGACAAGAUCAAAUCAGAGUUGAUGCUGUUGGGGUUCAUAUCGUUGCUUCUGACCGUGACGGAGAGGCCGAUCGCAAAUAUCUGCAUUCCGAAGAGCGUGGCCGAGACGUUCCUGCCUUGCAGCAGCUGGGAAUCUAGUGAGGAAGAGGAAGAAACUAAUUGUAUUGAACAGGGAAAGGUGUCUCUCUUGUCGAGGGAAGGUGUACGGCAAUUGCAGUACUUGAUCUUUGUGCUCGCCUUCUUCCAUUCCCUCUCUUGCAUGCUCACUUUCGCCCUCGGGAUGGCCAAGAUGAGGAGGUGGGAAUGGUGGGAGGCAGAGACGAGGACUUUGGAGUACCAAUUCUCAAACGACCCAAGAAGGUUCAAGCUCGUCCAUCAGACAUCAUUCGCAAGACGGCACUUGACUUGUUGGAGCGAUCACCGCCUUCUCCGGUGGCCGGCAUGUUUUCUUCGGCAGUUUUAUAAUUCGGUCUCGAAAGUAGAUUAUCUGACGCUGCGUCAUGGAUUUAUCAUGGCCCAUUUGUCUGAAGGAAGCACGUUUGACUUCCAGAAGUACAUUAAAAGGGCUUUGGAGAAAGAUUUUGGUGUUGUUGUCGGGAUAAGCUUCUGGAUUUGGAUCUUCUUAGUCAUUUUCAUAUUCUUCCACGCACAUGGGUUCCAUAAUUAUCUAUGGCUUCCCUUUUUUCCACUGGUGAUGUUGUUGCUGGUGGGAACAAAACUACAAGGAAUAAUAACAAAGAUGUGCAUCGAUAGCAAUGAUAAGUCUAAUGUUGUGAGGGGGACUUUGCUGGUCAGACCAAGCGACCACUUCUUCUGGUUUGGGAGACCCAAAUUGCUACUUCACCUCAUCCACUUCAUACUCUUUCAGAACUCUUUCCAAGUGGCAUUCUUCACAUGGACUUGGUACAAGUUCGGGUUCCGAUCUUGCUUCCACGAGAGUACAGAGGAUAUUGUCAUCAGGUUCACGAUGGGAGCGUUGGUACAAUUCCUUUGCGGAUACGUCACUUUGCCUCUCUAUGCUUUGGUCACCCAGAUGGGCACGUCCAUGAGGGGAGCCGUUUUCACGGAAAACGUACGCAAGGGACUCAAGAGAUGGCGAGCCACUGCACGGAAGAACCUCGCCCUCCGUGACCCUUACGCCCCCCGCCCUUGGCUCGACGCUUCCGUCAGGUCGCUGGACGCCUCUGUCACGUCACUCGAUGCCUCCGUCACGUCACUCGAUGCUUACUCUCCUUCGUUCAGUCUCGACGCUUCCAUCUCCAUCGAUCUCGGACAUCCCGAUCUUGAGUCAUCAAUCGCCCCCGAAACGAUGGAUGGAGAGAAGAAUUCGGACCCUAAAACCGUGGAAGAGCGCCCGAAGAAGGGAUCUUUUGAUGGUUUUGUAAUAUAACUCGACGACGUGAUUUAAGUUCAGAUCGGAAACGGAAAAGGUUAUCGCGCUUGUAAUCAGUUCUAGCGAUCGGAGGAGAGAUUCAGUACGGUGGCUGUCUUGCUCUGGUCAUGAGGUUACUAGAUGAAGGAAGUCGAUCCGCAGCCAUAUGCCGGAGCUAGGACAGAUUUGCGCGGCGAUGAUCGAUUUAGGAAAAGGGUGGAAGGAUCGGGCAGUGAUUUCAUUAUGCUCAUCUUCUCUCUAGAAUUGUUAGUAUUCUUGAUCAGCUUGGUGUAUAUCUUUAUUUGUUGAUACAAGAAAAUAUUUAGUAUUGACAUAGUUGAUAUUAUAUUUCACUUCCCAUAUUUUUUUUU